GAACCUUAGGAGAGAGAAACCCGUUGGCUUUGAGGGUUAUAUAAACACAGAGCAGCUCACCCAACGAAAUACAAGUGAGCCAAUCACAGAGAGAGAGAGAGAGCUGAAAGCAGGUAAUUUAGAACAGAGAUCCAGGAUUCUCUCUUUGUUUUUCGCUUAUAAAGUUUUAAGAUUUUUUCUUGUGUUUUUUCUUGAAAAAUAAUUAGGAGGGUUUUUUUUUUACCCUUACAGGCUGUUUCUUUGUUAAAGAAAAGCACCUUAACCUCUUUUUUUAUUUUUUUAUCUGGUUUUUUUAUUCUUGUUGAUCUGUAGAAUUAAUCUGCCUGUUCUUUGAUUUUGGUAAGAAACAGGUAGGUUUUUCAGAAUAUUUUCUAUUUUUUUAAAAUGGCAACUGCUAUAGAUCUUUACAGCAGCAGCACAAUGACACCAGAUUUAUAUGAUCUCUUGAGGGAAGAUCAGCUCAUGAAAGCGCUUAUGCCUUUUAUGAAAAGUGCUUCUUCAACAUCUCCUUCCACUUCUUACACUUACCCUCCUCAGAACAACCAAAACUUCAACUUGUACCCUGACUUCUGCUCAGCACCUAUGAUUUCACAAGCAGGUGUUAUAGGGCUUAACCAACUUACCCCAUCUCGAAUUCUUGAAAUCCAAUCCCAAAUGGUCCUCCAACAACACCAACAAAAGCAACAGAUUGCUGCUUUUGCUUCUUCAGCUGCUUACCUUAAGCUGCUUAGUACAAAAGCAAUCCCAAUGAAGAAAGCUGGCACUCCCUCCAAACCGACAAAGCUCUACAGGGGAGUGAGGCAGAGGCACUGGGGCAAAUGGGUUGCUGAGAUUAGACUCCCCAGGAACCGAACACGUCUUUGGCUUGGUACAUUUGACACCGCUGAAGAAGCUGCUUUGGCUUAUGAUAAAGCCGCUUUUAAGCUCCGGGGAGACUUUGCUUGCCUCAAUUUCCCCCAUCUUAAGCACCAAGGGGCUCAUGACUCCGGCGCCUUUGGCCAUUACAAGUCCCUUCAUUCCUCCGUCGAUGCGAAGCUCCAGGAGAUUUGCCAGAGCUUGGCUGCUAAUUCGACGAAACAGGGGAAUACAGGGGAGCCCUGUUCUGUGCCAGAGACAAAGCCAAUGGUAUCAGCUCCUUUAGAGACUAGGAUGGAUGAUUCUUUCAAAACUGAAUUAAAAAGUGAAUGGGAGGCCUUUUCGUCGUCGUCAUCUUCGCCUUCUCGGUCUGAUCGGUCUGAUGAGUCAUCUACGCCGGAAUCCGACAUUACCUUCUUGGAUUUCUCGGAUUCUCAGUGGGAUGAGGCUGAGAAUUUUGGAUUGGAGAAGUACCCUUCGGUGGAGAUUGAUUUUUUACAUUUGCAGAGGAUGUGCUCCCUUCUAGGAAUGUUUAUAGGAUUAUGAGUCUGUAAUAUGUAAUGAUUUCUCCAAUUGUUCUGCUGGUAAUAUUUUUUCCAUGCAAUGCAAGAUCGUGGAGAUUUCUGGUAGUGUGUAAUUAAACAAGUUUCUUUGAAUACAUAUUUAGUUUCUACUUUUUCUA